UCCCACAAGUCUGCAGAAUCCAAAAGUGAAAGAAUUUUUCAGAUACGACCUACGGUUAUGGAAUUAUGGCGAUUUUUUGAAGACUAUGUUUACUUUCACUUUUCACAAUGACAAAAUCCCUAUAUCAGGCAAAGUAGCACAGCUAAGUCUGUGUCUGAGAAUGGCCCAGUGGCAAUUAGCUGUGGUCUAUGGGCCAGGAGGCCUGGGUUCAAACCCUGCAUUAGAAAUGACUUCUUUUUUUUUUUUUUUCCGUCUUUUCUUCUUCCCCCUCACAUUUUAAAACAGGUUUUGCUGCAUUCUAUUGUGGAUAUUGGACAUUUUCCACACAUUACAAAGUACGCAGACAACAUUUUUUCAAAAUAAAACCCCUAUUAACUCUUUCCCCGCCAAUGACGAGAUUUUCCGUCAAUCUGGGUUUUCACUGUUAUACUGCAAAGGAGAACCUUGCGGAUGUUGUCAGUUAAUUUCAUACUUCUGAGUCCAAAAACAAAGAAGCAACUCUUCCGGAAAGUGAGGGAGGGGCGUGAAAGUUUUUUUUGACAUAAGCACCUGUAUCCCACAGCGACAUUACACUUAGAGCGAAAAUGCCGGCUCCGCGUAAAAUGUACACUGUGUCAGAAGCCUUAAAAUUACUUCUGGACACAGACACUGAUAGUUCAAUAGAUGAUGUACCAUCGGAAGAAUGUAGUAGUGACAACGAUGAUGAAGAGGAAGAUGAGGGAGAUGCCGGAGGGGAUGGACCCGGAGGUGAGGGUGACAGCGGCGGCCUCAGGGAAAUAGACAGACGCAGCGGGGUACACGGGAAUCAGGGAGACAGCGGAGACAACGGGGAAAAAGAGGGGAAUAGCGGGGUACACGGGAAUAGUGGAGACAGUGGAGACAAUGGGGAAAAAGAGGAAGACGAUAACAGGCACAGACGGGAGGAAGAAAAGAGAUACAUUUUUCGCGGGCCUGCCAGGAGAAGACAAAGGAUAUCUCAUCGUCAUCUUGAAGACAGUGGGAGCUCUGAUAAUGAGACUUUGGACCCGGAGUGGAAGGACACAAGCCACAGAUCUCGUCCUCGGCUCCCAAAUUCCAGAGGUGCAAGAAAUCAAACACAGCAAAGAGGAAGAGGAUGUAUUCGAACAGGAAGGCAUGGUGCAGCCAGUGAUCAGGUGAGGGCCCCUCACCACCAACUAGGUGCUGUUCCUGGACCUGGUAAUGAAUGGCUUGAGAAGGACUGGCAGCCAAUAAAUAUCCCUUUCACUCAGAGCCCUGGGCCUAUCAAUGCAGCUGCAGCUCUUGAUUCUGAACUGCCAGCUGAUUUUGCUGAAUUGUAUAUUUCUGAUGAACUUGUACAGAACAUUGUAAAUCAGACUAACCUGUAUGCAAACCAGUGUAUUCAAGCACAGACCCUUACCUCACCACAUUCUCGUAUUCAUGCAUGGAAACCAGUAACAGUAUCAGAAAUGAAAACAUUCCUGGGGCUCUUUUUCCUCACUGGUAUCAUUCGGAAGCCUGAAUUAGAAAUGUAUUGGUCAGCAGAUGAAAUUUUAGCUACUUCCUAUUUCUGCAAGGUCAUGUCUCGAAACAGAUUUGAAAUUAUUUGGAAAUUUCUUCAUUUUAGUGACAAUGAAACAAGGCCAGUAAACAGUAAUGACAAGCUGUACAAAGUCCGCCCCGUUUUAGAUUACCUUGUGUGUAAAUUUAGGGAAAUGUAUCAACCCAACACCAACAUCUGUAUAGAUGAGGGAGUGCUUCUGUGGCGUGGACGACUGGCUUUCAAGGUGUACAAUCCCCAAAAACCCAUAAAAUACGGCAUCAAGUCCUACAUUCUUUGUGAUUCAGAAACAGGGUACUGCUUUAAUGUAAAACCCUACUGUGGAGAGAGUGCUCCACUAGGAGAAACAGUCACCUCUCUUCUUGACCGCUUAGCAGGUCAUGGCUACAGAUUGUUUAUGGAUAACUAUUACAACUCUGUUGGCCUGUGUGAGCGCCUUCUUGACCUAAAAACCCAUGUCUGUGGCACACUCAGAAAGAACAGAGGUGAACCACCUGUUAUUCGAGAUGUUGGAAAUGCCAACCUUAGGAGGGAGGGAACACCUGUUGUGCGUCACAGAAAAAAUGUCAUGGUCUUAGCUUGGCGAGACAAACAAGUGGUCAAAAUGGUGACAACAAUGCACCAGAACAACAUGGAGAACAUCCAGGUAUGGCAAAAGGGCCACCAUGAGAAAGUCACCAAACAAAAGCCAACUUGUAUUGUUGAAUACAACAAUGCAAUGAAUGGGGUGGAUAAAUUAGACCAAAACAUUGCAUACUACCCCUUUGUAAGGAAGUCUCACAAGUGGUCAAAAAAAUUUGUGGCAUAUUUGUUUGAAAUAAGCUUGUUCAAUGCUUUCAUCAUCUACAAAGCAAAAAACCCAAACAGCAAAGGCAACACUCUAAUGGCAUUCAUUCAAAGUGUUGUAAAGUCAUGGACCAGCCAAAAACCAAUGAGACAGGCUGGUGGUCAAGAAAAUGACCCUCACACAGUUAGAGAUGACCCUCCAGCUCAGAUGACCCCUAGAGCACCUUACAAAACUGACCCCAGGGAGAGAUUGGAUGUCGGUUUUGCAGCCCAUCCACUCGUUUCCAUCCUGCCAACACCCAACAAACAGCACCCAACCAGACGAUGCAGGGUUUGUGUACGAAAGGGUUUGCGCAGGGAGACAUCAUAUUAUUGCAAAGGCUGUGGUGUCCCCUUACAUUUUGGGGAAUGUUACACAGUGUACCAUUCAAAGGCACAUUAUAAUGCCUGAACAAAACACACGGUCAAAAUCAUAACCAAUUACAAAUCAGUCACACCGACAUUACCUCAAAAAAAAAAAAAAA